AUGGCCUCCUCCUCCGUGCGGCGUGUGGAUUGGCCCCGCCGCUGGGUCUCCCCAUCCCUGCACCGCAGGCGGGGGCGGAGCCGUCCCCACCGCCCUCCCACGCUGGAGAGCACAUCCAGCCCCCCUGCACUGCAGCCCUGCACUGGAGAGCACAUCCAGCCCCCCUGCACCACAGCCGGCAGCCGCUUCAUCGGCAGCGGUGCUCGCUGCGCCGGCCGGGGAUGCCCCCCGCCAGCUCCGCUGACUCCAGCCGGCCCGACUCCCACCCGGGACGUGAGCUGUGGCUCUGAGGAAUAUCCCAGCCCGCCUUGCCAUUCCCUGCUGCCCCGCCCCGCGCUGUUUCCCUCGGGUUCCCAGCGAACGCGGACAGGGAUGACAUCAGUGAACACCGACAGCCUGUCCCUCAGCAAGGAUACGCCCUCGCAGCUGGGCGCCGGCCUGACCGUGCCGCGGAAUCUGAAGAUCAACAUUGCCCUGGAACGAGCACUUCCCUGCCGUGCCUUGGGCACCCCGUGUGUCCCGCUCUCGUUCGCAGGGCGGGAGGAGCGGGUUCCUGAGAGGCUGUGGCUUGGACCAAGAAGGACAUUCGGGGAUGUCAAAGAUCAACAUCUCCAGUCAAUGGACCUUCUCCUGAGACUCAGCUGUUUGGACUUUGAAACAAUAAUCACUCUUUGCAUUGUUGUUUGGUUUUCUUAUAUUGUAAACCUUGUCUCAGUGAUAUGAUAGAGAUAGAUAUUCCACAGGUAAAGAAUCUCCCUGACCAUUCUAAGUCAGCAUCUGACUGAGGUUCUGAUUGACAACCAGCAGAUUGCUAAGGGAACUUCUCGAGCUGUGUUUGUUUUCCUUCCUGCAAAGGGCCCUGCAGAGGACUAGAAACACUGCCUUUUUUCUUUAAACACAAAAGGGUGAACUGUGGCCGCAGCUCUCUGGCCACCGAGAGCAACAUGCACAACUUUCCCAGGCAUUGUCCUGGGGAAGGCUGUGAGAAGAUCAGAGAAAAGAAUGAGAAACAAUUCUUUUCUCCACUUGCUGCACCUGUUGUUGUGCACACAUGGAAUAUGUUAUGGAGAUUUGUUUACCAAAGGGUGAUUUCUUAAUUGGCCACUGUGAUAGUGUUUGGAUUUAAUCAACCAAUCUGGUCAAAGCUGUAUUGGAUGUUGGCAAGGGCGAUGGGUUUUUCUGAAUAGUAUAGUAUAAUAUAAUAAAGUGAUUGAUCAGCCUUCUGGAA